GCAGUGGCAGCAAGCAAGAGCGUGUGUUUUAAGUGCGUGUGCGCGCUAUCGAGUCAGUAGAGUCACGGGUUUGUCUUGAAACUCCCUUCUUUCACAGUCCUAGACAGACAGACACAUAUUCCCGCACUAGGAAACCGAGGAAAAAAACAACCGCAAAACCAUACAAUUACAAAAACCCCACAUCACACCACCGCACAUUUUCACAUACACCACAUAUACACCAUACACUCCUCUCUCUUCCCUUUUUCUCUGCCCUUCUUCUCCCUUCUCCUACUCUUUCUGGAACUCUCUUCCUUUCUCCAUGGCCCUUAUGUUAGAUAAUUGCGAGGGAAUCCUACUCUCUUUAGACUCCCACAAGUCCGUCCCAGCACCUUUUCUUACCAAAACCUACCAGCUUGUCGACGAUCCUUCUACCGAUCACAUCGUCUCCUGGGGCGAGGACGACACCACGUUCGUUGUCUGGCGCCCUCCUGAGUUCGCACGCGACCUUCUCCCCAACUACUUCAAACACAACAACUUCUCCAGCUUUGUUCGCCAGCUCAACACCUACGGAUUUAGGAAGAUCGUUCCUGAUAGAUGGGAGUUUGCAAACGAGUUCUUCAAGAAGGGAGACAAGCAUUUGCUGUGCGAGAUCCAUCGAAGGAAGACAUCCCAACCGCAAGUUACAGUAAGCCACCACCAUCACCACCCUUCCAUUGGUGGGCCAGUGGCAGCACCCGUAUUCUUUCAGUACCCGGGAAGGGGUAGCAUCUCACCGUCCGAAUCAGACGAGCAGGCGAACUGGUAUGAAUCGUCGUCGCCGUUGUCGUCUCCAAGGGCGGCGGCUGCGGCGGGAGUAUCUGUCGCUGCCCUCUCAGAAGAUAACGAGCGGCUUCGACGCAGCAAUUCCAUGCUUCUUUCGGAGCUGGCCCAUAUGAAGAAGCUGUACAAUGACAUUAUCUACUUCGUGCAGAAUCAUGUGAGGCCUGUGACUCCCAGCACUGCAUUCCCUUCUUCUCUCAUGAUCUGUAAUACUAGUAUUGCUACUGCUGCUGCUUCAGCAGUGCAAAAGCCUCUCCAUCAGCUUCUUGAGUUUCAUCAGUCUCUCCCAAAACAAGCUCAUGUCAAGGGCUCUUUGAACUCUACCAGUACUUCAAGCAGCUCGUUGACUGUGGUUGAAGAAACUUACAACCACAACAAGACCCACAACAAUAAUAACAACAACAACGAUAACAACAACAGCAACAAUGGAUCUCGUCCAAAGCUGUUUGGAGUGCCUCUACAUUCCAAGAAGAGAUUACACCCCGAGCCCACAUCGCCGUCGAGGAAUGUCGAGACGAUGAAGGCUCGCUUCGUGUUGAGGAAAGAAGACUUGGGAUUGAAUCUCAUGCCUCCUUCUCCAUGUUAGUCUUCUUCAUAUCCAUUCAAGCAAUUUCAGCUUCUUUUUCAUCUUUCGAUUGCCUUUUUCUUUUUCUUUUUUCUUUUUUUUUUUAAAAAACCUUGUUGGGUCUGAGUCUGAUAUUAUCUUCUUGAGUGUCUGUAUAUAGAAGCUUGUGGCUUGUGACUUAGGUAUUCCUCAAAGCAUGAAUGCUGGUGGGUUUUGGUAAUUUGGUUAGAUUGAAGAGAGAAGCAAGUUCAAUUCCUCCAUUACAAUCUUCUGUGGUCUGAGUGAGGUCUUCUCGAGGUGUAAUUUAAUGUUCUCGGUCUUUGGAUUUUCUUAUGAUGAGAGAGAGAGAGAGAGAGAGAGAGAGAGAGAGAGUGCUGAAUUUCUUGCUAUUGAUGAGAAAGCUGAGAUGGGUUUCAAAAUCAUUGAAUGUGUUUUUCUGAGA